AUGGGAUACUUGUAUUCUCAAGAGUGUGUCUGGAACGGUGUGGAAGGAUGCUGUGCAGGGCUAUUCAUGCCUGGAGUAGAAUGUUUGGUGACUUACAACAGGAACACAAUCAAACUCUGGAGAUGCAAAGGCGGACUUAUGAUUGUGAAGGAGCAUGUGCUGUUUGAGAGGAUAUGCCGGAUUGAGAAAUACGAGAUAUCCGAUGGACACGAUGGAGUAGUGAUUUUGUUUGACAAAGCGAAGAUAUGUGUUGCUAUAUUUGAGCCUUGUACGAAUGUGUUUGAAACAGUGUCAUUGAAGUUUUUUGAGAGAGACGAGUACGAUAGCAAAGAAGAAGAUAUAAGAAAUAUGCAUAUAGCGAAGGAUGUAGGGAUAGUGCAUAUCAGCAAGAGAUAUUUUGGAGUGUUUGGACUAAGACAGGGUGUUUUGAAUGCAAAGGCAUUUAGGUUUGCAGACGUUGAUUCAAAGAUCAGAAAUCCUGUUGAUUUUGUAUUUAUAGGCAAUUAUUCAACGCCUACUGUGUGCCUUGUGUAUGAGUCAUCGCCCAAGAAGUACACCAGCAUAAAGAAUCGAAAUGCGAUAAUUUUUUCGAUUGACCUGAGUACAGGUGGAUUCCAUGUUGUGGACGAGUUUGAUGUUCCACCAAAGACAUUCAAGGUUGCAUAUACGGGGACUGCGAUGCUGUUUAUAUCGCAUAGCUCGAUUAUGAUAAGAACGCCAAGCAGCUCGUACACACUACCUGUGAAUAGGAUGUCUGAGUGUUAUGGAAGCGAUAAAGUUUUUGAGGAGGCUGUUCUGUUUGACGUGAGCUGCUUUGCAAAAGGAAGCGUGUGUCUGCUUUUGAACGGAAAUGGAGACCGAUACAAGCUGAGUAUUGACAUGGACAUGAAGCGGAUUAUAGGAGCAUGCUUGAAGUUUGAUGGAAAGGAUGCAACAGUUAGUGGAGUAUGCUCUGUAAAUAACUUUGUAUUUUUUGGCUCAAUGGUGGAUGAGUCUAGACUUUUUGUAGUCGAUGAGCAUAAUAAACAGGAUAAUGAACUUAUAGAGACUAGUGGCAGAGACGAUGAGUAUGCAAGACUUUUUAGUACGGAGGCAAAUAAAAGACUGAAGGACGACUUUGCAUUGGAGCUGAUAGAUGUUAUGCCGAAUGUUGGAGGACUGAAUGGAAUGACAAUGAAGAGCAACGGACAGGCUAUUUUUGCAGUGGAGGGACUUCAACCGUGCCUUUGUAUUGUCAGUGGCACGAUUCCGUUUGAGAUAGUAAAGUCUGUUAAGGUGAAAAAAUACCGAUGCUGCAUGAAAGCGAUGGAGUAUUAUAUGCUUUCCAAAGAGUUUGAAAGUAAAGUUUUUCGGUGGGAUGAUGAUUUUAUUCAGGUUGAUGGAGAAUAUGAAAGACGAGUGAUUACGAUUGGGUUUGGGUGUCUUGGAAGGAAUGUUGCUCAAGUAAUGACCGAUUCUUGCUUGUUAAUGGAUGGAGAUCUUAAAUUAAUUCGUAAGUUUGAUUUUGAUGAAGCCAUUUUGGAGAGCAAAAUUGUGUGUGGAGGAAUGUUUCUAGUUACGAGAGAUAAAUCCAGAAAGAUGGUUUGCUAUGAUGAAGGAAUGAAUGUUACAAUGAGUGUAUGUGAAGUGACGUGCUUCUGUGAUGUGGGAGGAGUAUUGUUUGUUGUAUUAGAUGAAGGGAUAAGUGUAUUUGAUUUACAAACAUGCAGGCAAUAUAUGGUUUGUAAGGUAAGGAUGGAUGGAGCUAUACAGAUGACUCCAUAUGAAGAACCAAAGAAGGAUAAACAGCCAAAGAAGAGCAAAUAUCGAAAUAGCCAUGCAGAUACUGUAGAAUUAUCCUGCUCAUCUGAUAUUGUUGAAAUUCAUGUUAGUCGUACAAAAAGAAAGGUUCUGAUGUUACUAAGAACAAAUAGAGGAGAGAUGAUUGCAUAUGAAGCACUUGAUGAUGAAUGUUUGCGUUAUGGAACAACACAAGAGGCUAUUUUUAACAGGAUUAUGCUUCCAAAGUGUGUUUUUUUCAAACUUGAUAAUGAUGAAAAGGGAUUCUAUGGAAUUGGAGAGAUGGUUUUUAUGAAGUCCACGAUUAACAUGUUUCUCUUAGCAACAGACAAAGGAUACUACAUGUACAGAAGCAAACACUCGCUGAAUUCGAUAUAUAUUGAUGCAGGACAGGCGAUACAUCUUUCAAGGGGACAUUUAGUCGUGAUGAAUGUGCCGAAGCCAGAGUGUGAGCAAUAUGUGUUUGGAAAUGGAUAUGUGGGCCAAAAAGUACCGGUGAUGAGAACGCCCAAGUAUGUUGAGAAUGCAAGAGGAUACACGGUUGUAGCUGCGUGUGAAGAGGCAGAAUUUCUUGUGGAUGAAGAAAAGGAUUAUGGGGUUCCAGUGACAACAUUCAGAUUCAGUAUUGAUUUGUAUUCUGAAAAGUAUGAGUACAUAAGCACGUAUGGAUUCGAUGAGAAUGAGCAUGUGUUUUAUGUGAAGUACCUAACGCUGGAUGACAGGCAAGGCAAUCAUGGAAAGUCACAAUUUUUAGUGGUGUGCACAACAAUGAUAGAGGGAGAAGAUAAGCCUGCAAAGGGGAGAUUACAUGUGCUGGAGAUCAUUUCUGUUGUCCCAGAGCCUGAAAAUCCAUUCAAGGACUGCAAGAUGAAGGUGCUUGGUAUUGAAAAGACCAAAGGAUCGAUUGUUCAAUGUGAGGAGAUACGCGGAAAGAUAGCUCUAUGUCUUGGAACAAAGAUAAUGAUAUACAAAGUUGACAGGAGCAAGGGGAUUAUUCCUGUUGGGUUCUAUGAUCUGCACAUAUUUACAUCAUCGAUCUCAGUCGUCAAGAACUACAUUCUUGCCUCUGACAUAUACCGAGGACUAUCGUUCUUUUACCUUCAGUCAAAGCCUAUUCGGCUCCACUUGAUCGGUUCGAGUGGGCUUCUAAGGAAUGCAGUGAACACGGAGUUUCUUGCAGUAAAUGAUGAGUUAUCGAUGCAGUGUAGCGAUGACCGGGGAACCAUACACAUAUAUACGUACUCACCGAACAGCAUUAUAAGCAUGGACGGCACAAAGCUUGUGAAGCGAGCAGAGAUAACAACUAAGCUUGGCCGAUUAUCAUCGAAUUCUGUUGGAUUUAAGAAAAGCGGGACUUUGUUCUAUUCAAGAACGAAUAUUUUGAUUCACAUAUGUUCGAUAGAUGAAGGCGAGUACUCCCGGUUGUUAGAGCUACAGUCAUUGAUAUUAAGUCGUCUGCCAGUUCUGUUUGGGGUGAAUCCAAGAGACUAUCUCAGUUCAGACAUUCAUCUACACGAAUUAUCGCUCAAAGGCCCUAUAGUACAUCAUGCUCUGAGUAUGUUUGAAUUCCUUGAUACAGGUAAUCAACAUGAAGUAUCCAACUUGAUGAAUAUGAGCAGGACGAAGGUGAUUGAGCUGAUUGCAUCAUUAAAUAAGUUCUAA